AGACGCGCUCAGAUAUACUGAGUGAGCUCUGAGAAGCAGCCUCAGAUCCUGACGGUGCAGCAGCCCGCAGCCUCAGCCAGGGAGUCCCAGCCGCUUUCAAUGGAGGAGAAGUCCGGCCAGCCACAGCCUCAGCACCAUCACAGCCACCACCAUCCGCACCACCAUCCCCAGCAGCAGCAGCAGCAGCAGUCGCACCACCACCACCAUUAUUAUUUCUACAAUCACAACCACCAUCACCACCACCAUCACCAGCAGUCUCACCAGUACCUGCAGCAUGGAGCCGAGGGCAGCCCCAAGGCCCAGCCGAAGCCGCUGAAACAUGAGCAGAAACACGCCCUCCAGCAGCACCAGGAAACGCCGAAGAAGAAAAUAGGCUAUGGUGAACUAAAUGGUAAUGCUGGAGAAAGAGAAAUAUCUUUAAAGAGUCUGGGUUCUGAUGAAACCACCACCCCUAUUUCCAGGGUCAUCAAUGGCAACCAAAUUGUAGACACUAAUCUGAAGCAGACUGUAAAGACCAGCACCUUUGGAAAAGCAGGAAUUAAAACCAGAAAUUUUAUUCAGAAAAACAGUAUGGACAAAAAGAAUGGGAAGUCUUAUGAAAAUAAAUCUGGAGAGAACCAGUCUGUAGAAAAGACUGAUAUUAUAGCUAUUCCAAAUGGUGUUGUUGUAACAAGUAAUUCUGGCUAUAUCACUAAUGGUUAUAUGGGCAAAGGGGCAGAUAAUGAUGGUAGUGGAUCUGAGAGUGGAUAUACCACUCCUAAAAAAAGGAAAGCUAGGCGCAAUAGUGCCAAGGGUUGUGAAAACCUUAAUUUAGUGCAGGACAAAAUAAUGCAACAAGAGACAAGUGUCCCAACCUUAAAACAGGGACUUGAAACUUUCAAGCCUGAUUGUAAUGAACAAAAGGGAAAUCGAGUAGAUGGUUCAAAGCCCAUUUGGAAGUAUGAAGCUGGUCCUGGAGGAACAAGUCGAGGAAAACCUGCCAUGGGCGAUAUGCUACGGAAAAGUUCUGAUAUUAAACCUGGUGUGAGCAGCAAAAAGUUUGAUGAUCGGCCCAAAGGAAAGCAUGCUUCUGCUGUUGCCUCCAAAGAGGACUCGUGGACUCUAUUUAAACCACCCCCAGUUUUUCCAGUGGACAAUAGCAGUGCUAAAAUAGUUCCUAAAAUAAGUUAUGCAAGCAAAGUUAAGGAAAACCUCAACAAAACUGUACAGAACUCUUCCGUGUCACCAUCUUCAUCAUCAUCCUCUUCCUCGUCAUCUGCUGGGGAAGCUCAGACUCAGUCUUCAAGUCGGUUAUCCCAGGUCCCUAUGUCAGCGCUGAAAUCUGUUACUUCAGCCAACUUUUCUAAUGGACCUGUUUUAGCAGGGACUGAUGCAAGUGUGUAUUCUCCAGGGGGUCAGCCACUGCUAACCACUGCUGCUAAUACUCUAACACCCAUCUCUUCUGGGACUGAUUCAGUUCUCCAGGACAUGAAUCUGACUUCAGCAGCUGUUGAACAAAUUAAGUCUAGCCUUUUUAUCUACCCUUCAAAUAUGCAAACUGUGCUGUUGAGCACAGCACAAGUGGAUCUACCCUCUCAGACAGAUCAACAAAACCUGGGGGAUAUCUUCCAGAAUCAGUGGGGUUUAUCAUUUAUAAAUGAGCCCAGUGCUGGCCCUGACACUGUUACUGGGAAGUCAUCAGAUCAUAAAGUGAUGGAGGUGACAUUUCAAGGGGAAUAUCCUGCCACUUUGGUUUCACAGGGUGCCGAAAUACUCCCCUCAGGAACUGAGCAUCCUGUGUUUCCCAAGGCCUAUGAGCUGGAAAAACGGACUAGUCCUCAAGUUCUGGGCAGCAUUCUAAAAUCUGGGACUACUAGUGAGAGUGGAGCCUUAUCAUUGGAAUCCAGUCAUAUAGGUGACCUGCAAAAAGCAGACACCAGUAGUCAAGGUGCUUUAGUGUUUCUCUCAAAGGACUACGAGAUAGAAAAUCAAAAUCCUCUGGCCUCUCCUACGAACACUUUGUUAGGCUCUGCCAAAGAACAGAGAUACCAGAGAGGCCUAGAAGGGAAUGAUAGCUGGGGUUCUUUUGACCUGAGGGCUGCUAUUGUAUAUCACACUAAAGAAAUGGAAUCUGUUUGGAGUUUGCAGAAGCAAGAUCCCGAAAGGAUAAUCACUUACAAUGAAGCCAUGGAUAGUCCAGAUCAGUGAAGGACCAGACUGCCUAUUGUAACCUUUCUGCAGCAUAUUAGAGCCACCGUUCAUGGGAGACACAGGCUUUUAUGCUCCUAGAUCUUCAACGCAGCAGAGGAACCAUAAGUAGAAUCACAGGAUAAUAUAUACAAAUAUAUAUAUAUACAUAUAUAUAUAUAUAUAUAGUUAUUUAAAAAAAAAGGCAACUGAAAGUAAUUAGACUUCUUUAAGGAAUCAAAUUUAUUUCAAGAGACUACACAUGGUUAUUUAAUCUCCGGUACUGAAUAGUUUUUUUUUCCUUUUCUUUUGUUAGUUUUUGUUUUUUAAGUGUGAAUGCAAGUGAUUAAUGAAUACAGACUUAACAAGCGUGGUUCUAAAGUUCCUACUGUCAUCAGCUUGGGCAACAAAUGACCCACUGGAAAGGCAAAUCCACUUAAAAGAUCUCUGUAUCUUGUUCUGUGACUAAAGUGAUACACUAAUCACUGGGAACCCAGAAUGAUUCAACAUUUCCCCCACUCCUUCCUUGAUUUUUUUGGGUUAUACCUUAAGCCCUGCGAGAAUGCUGGAUAAAUGCCUUGAAGUUUGCAGGGGUAAAUUUUUUUAGUGAAUAUGAUUUGCAUGUCUUGCCAGAAGUUAAGCAGCCUCUGUGGGGUGUUGGGGAAAUACUUUCUUUUAAUUUUUUGGGGGAGGGGGGCAUUGAAGUUCUACAAAUUGGAAUAGUUGGUGGUACAUAGUUCACUUGCCUUUGGUUACAUAUUGGACUUUUAACAAGUGAGGAAUCUAUACAUGUCAUUUAAAGAAAAGUUACAGAACAAACAAUUGGCUUUAGAUAUUUAAUAUGAAAAAAUACUCUGCCCAUAUUUUAAUGUAACUGUUUAAGUGGGAGCAAAAAUAUAUUCUGCUUUUCAACUGUAGGUGCUCCAGACUUGCUCUGUCACUAACACUAAAUGUGCUGUUUUCCUUGUUUUUCAUCAAACAUCUGAAGAGAAACUUCUGUUACCUUUCCGUAAAUUCUUUUAAUUUUUCAGUUAAUCUAAAGGAGGAAGAAAAAUGUCCAUGAAAACUAUAAAACUUUUCAUGUUUUUAGCCAGUGAGGAGGUAAUAAACCCUGCCUAUAGAAAGUGUGUUUUCAUGCAAACUAUACUUCUGAGCUUAUUAGCUUCUAAUUAUAUCUUAAUAAAUAUAUUUUAUUACUAGA